AUGGGAAGAGGAAGAGUGGAAUUGAAGAGAAUUGAGAACAAGAUCAAUAGGCAAGUGACCUUCGCUAAACGAAGGAACGGGCUUUUGAAGAAAGCUUACGAGCUUUCCGUUCUUUGUGAUGCCGAGGUUGCUCUCAUCAUCUUCUCCAAUAGAGGAAAGCUGUACGAGUUUUGCAGCAGUUCAAGCAUGCUCAAAACGCUCGAGAGGUAUCAGAAAUGUAACUAUGGUGCUCCUGAGGCGAAUGUGUCUACACGGGAAGCUUUGGUAAUGGAGUUCAGUAGUCAACAGGAGUACUUGAAGCUGAAAGCACGUUAUGAAGCUCUACAACGGUCCCAGAGGAACCUUAUGGGAGAAGAUCUUGGCCCUCUAAGCAGCAAAGAUCUCGAGUCACUUGAAAGGCAGCUAGAUUCGUCCUUGAAGCAAAUAAGAUCAACAAGGACCCAAUUCAUGUUGGAUCAGCUCUCUGAUCUUCAACGUAAGGAGCACUUGCUAAGUGAGGCUAACAGGUCUCUCAGACAAAGGCAGUUGGAAGGGUACCAAAUAAAUCCACUGCAACUGAAUCCCAGUGUUGAAGACAUGGGAUAUGGUCGGCAUCCAGCUCAAACUCAGGGUGAUGCCCUCUUUCAACCAUUGGACUGUGAGCCAACGUUACAAAUUGGUUAUCAGCCUGAUCCAGUAUCAGUGGUGACAGCAGGCCCAAGCAUGAGCAAUUACAUGGCAGGAUGGUUACCAUAG